AUGUAUGUUUUGCUCCUCGUAACGUUCACUGCAUUGCUAGAUAGCUCUUGUAUUCGAGCGGUUGUAUCUCAAGAUCAGCAAUGUUCUACUUUUAUGAGAGACGACUCAACAUGUCCAGAGUCUUGGCAUUACUGGGGAAUCUCAUGCUACAAGAUCACUGAGACGGCAUUUACCUGGGCAGAUGCUAAAGAAGAGUGCAGAAACCUGGGUGGCGUUCUGGCUGCACUUAGCUCCAAUCAAGAAAACGAGUUUAUAGCGCAAGUGGUUUCAGCUGAUUGGAUAUGGAUCGACUGUAAUGAUCUAGAGGUGGAGGGGAGAUGGAAGUGCAGAGAUGGUAACGUCGAGGUCGCUUACAGAAACUGGUUUGAAGGAGAACCGAAUAGCGCAGGCGUAGGUGAAGAUUGUGCGGUCGUAGCUACAUGGGGAGACAAGCAAUGGCAUGAUGUUAGUUGCAGCCGAAAGGAGAAAGCUAUUUGUAAAAUGGCUGGCAGACCAGUCCUUCACAAGUGA